AUGAGCGAUAUUAAUUUGUCUAUGAAUUCGUCGCCAGACAGUAGUGAUAUUAUUAGUUUUCAGUCGAAUCAGUCGAUCGACAACGACUCACUAGCAGUAGUGACUCAAAGUUAUUGCGGAAAUUCCAUCAUUAUUGCUCCCAUCUUACCACAGUCCAGGUGUAUUAAUCAAAACAACCAAAGAUCAUUAACAUGGAAUAUAUCGUUGACUGAUGAACAAGAUGAAGUAUCUGAAAACUUUUUAAGGAUGUAUAAUGAGCCAAUAACAGUUGCUGAAAAUUUUGGUCCAGCUAUGUUAACGGUUCCCGAGAACAUAAGAAAACAAGCUGAUGAAUUAUUCAAACCUUCGGAAAUCAAUCCAAACGAAAUAUUUGAUUGGGUAAAUACCAAAGUAUCGUGGAUUCUUUCAUCUAGCUAUCAACAAUACCUUAAGUCUAUUCCUCUAAACGUGAUGGAGAAGAGAGAAAGACACGUGCUGUACCCUUGGACGCAGUGGAACACGUCGACCGGCACGCAACGCCGUCCGUCGCUCAACACAACAGCCGUAGCGUCUCCGGCGGCGUCCGACCGUUCCAUGUCAUCGUCGUCUUCAUCGUCAGUGAGCGCCCACGCGGUGCACGGCAGAUCACCAAACAACAACAACAACAACAAUUGCAGCAGUAGCAGCAACAGCAGCAAUAACAACAACGACUCAUUUGGCUACCGGAGCGGCGGCGUCGGUGCGACGGUAGCGGCGGCGUCCGCGAUGGCUGAUUGCACGUUGUCGUCUUCGUCGGCCAGUGAACUGAGCUUUUCGCAUUGGGCGGCCGUCGACGCUACAUCGUCACCGCAACAACAGCAGCAGCAAUACCAUUACUACCACAACCAAUACCACCACCACCACCACCACCACCACCAUCACCACCACCAACAACAACAGCAACAACAACAACAACAGUCGGUCACGGGCUGGACACCGGUGGCGGUCCAAUCGUCACCGUCCGACUGCGGCCGGUCAGUGUCAUCGGCCGAGUUCGUUCAGCACAACGCCGCGGACGGCCGCUCGCCAUCGCCAACGGUCCGCUGGCCGUCGCGUCUGUUCUACUGCGUGAACACCGACAACAACACGAUCAACAAGUUGGUUGAGCACUAUUGCACAUUCUGCUACAAGAACCACGAACCGCCCGAGGUGUACGGCAGCCACCUGGUACGGGACGACACGCGCACCACUUGUCCCAAGCUCAGGGCGCUCCGGUGCAGGCACUGCAACGGCACCGGCGACAACGCGCACACCAUCAAAUACUGUCCGUUUCUGUACUCGAACUACAGUUGAUGGACGGCCGGCGAUCGUGUUGUGUAGACGUCAUGCGCGAUCGAUCGA